AUGUUCUUAACAUUUAAUCAUGAAGCUGAAGCUUGGCUUCGACAAAAUAAUACUUUUGUUCAGCAUUUACGAACAUUAGCAUCGCAUCAGAAUACGCCUGAUUUACAGAAAGCUGCUAACGGCAUUUUAUGGCGAUUAUUUUCCAAGCACGGGAAGGCUGAACCCAAGUUUCCGUACGACGUUAUGAUAUCAUAUUCUCAUAAAGAUAAAGCUAUAUGCCAUCGAAUAUACAAUGCUCUUCUUGCCGAUAAAUUCCGUGUAUGGAUUGAUCUUGAAGGAAUGCAUGGUGCAGUGAUGCAAGCAAUGGCUGAUGCAGUUGAGCAAUCACGUUGUGUUCUAAUAUGUAUGAGUGAGAAUUAUUUCUUAAGUCCAUAUUGUCAAGCUGAAGCGCAGUACGCAUUUGAACAACAACGUCAUUUGGUUCCAAUCAGAGUACAGGCUGGUUACAAAGCCGAUGGAUGGUUGGGCAUUUUAAUAUCAGGUCGAAUAUAUGUGGAUUUUUUAAAAAUUGGCUUUGAUGCUGCCUACACCCAAACUGUGUCGGAAAUUCGUCAAAACCAAGCUUAUAGGAGAGGUACCUCAGUGGUUUUAUCGCAGCCAGACGUGUCAGAAGCACCAACAAGGAGGUAAGGCCAAUGUUUAACGUAAUGCGAUCAGCAAAGUUUAUUAUUGUGUCUGCCGAAAUUUUAGUACAGGCGCACUCCGCUUAAAAUAGCCCAGACGCGAGAAAAACACCGAAAAUUGGAAAGUAUAGAAAGUAGUUCGACGAAAAUUCCUUAUAAUAUCACAUACAAUGUUAUAUGUUGCAUAUUGUUAAAAAUGAGAGAAAAACAACAGAAGCUUCAGUCUCGAACUCUUAUGAAGUCGGUUGAAUUUUUAUGAAGUCUUGUUGAAACAUUUUGAAGUUUCAAAGCUAUAGCUUGUAACAUAAGAUCUGAUGCAAAAGUAAUAGAAUAAAUAUCGUUGCGUAUGUCUUUUUCAACGUCGGUAUUGAUACAUGCUGACGCAAAACUCAAAUUAACAUCACUUCUCGAGUCUACCUGACUUACCGCCUCUGUCUGAACAAUAGAAGAUGCAUCGUUCGACUGCCAAGAAGGGCAUCGUUGUCUCUGUUGUAUCAUAUAUUCUUUCGUGAUAUUGUCCCUUAUGACUCACACAUGAUACUUACGGUUUCGUCAGUAGCAGAAUACCAGAAAAUAGCGAAGUUUUCGUCUUUCAAAUCAUAUAAAUUUAUUUUCGGAUGAGACAAGUACCAUUCGCUUUGUCCUGGUAACUAGUGAACGUCAGAUCCCGGAAUGGCUGAAUAUUUGAAUUUUGAGCUAAGAUUUCGUUCAUAGUUAGACCUUAUUGCCACUAAAUAAUCCGAAAGUUUGAGAAAGAAUCAACGUAUCCUUAUCGAGACAUGAGCUUACCAUGAAAACGUCCGUAAAGUGAAAUCUAGUACAAAAUGAGCAAUUCUUUAAGAUGUGAAUGUUUCAGUAAAGAUGCGUUUGUUCUGGUUCAAACUUUGAGGGUUUCUAAUGGGUUAUGAGCUAACUAUGAACGCGGUUUCAGAUGAAACCUCAAUUAUUUAACCAUUCAGAAGAGCGAUGACUAUGUGCCAAAAAUCGAGUAAAAUGCCCAUAGUUUGGCAAGAGAGGACUGGAAUACCAAAAUCGAAUAGGCUUUUUCAGCACUUAGCAAGAGAGAUUAAAUGGCAAUCGCAUCAUGCAAAAAGCAAUUUGACAGCUGGGUGUUCCCUCGUCAGUCAAGAGUACAAUAUGCAUUGCUUUACUUUCGAUUGUUGCUUGAAUUCAUGCGCGAUGGAUAAAUUCACAUUCAAAACUGGGCGAUAAUUUUUCCAUCAAAGAAAAACCUGAUGAACCUAAAAUUUUCACCAUAGGCGCAGUUUUAGUUGCUUUAUCUAUUGGUGGUCUGAAAGAAGCCAAAAUACUUUCUUACAGCAUUGCGGUUUCUCAGAGGUUCUCACUAAAUCCCAUGGAAUCGCACAUAUGUUUCCUUCAAUACUUCUGAUUGUAAACACCGAAAAUUGCAGUCAAUGGUCGUCUGUAUCGAUUUCUAAAGAUUCAAUAUCCUACGUCUCAAUUUGCACGAAUUUUGAUGCUAGCUAUGAUGAGUAUCAGCCAAGAUAGAUUGUGUGUCCCAUACUCGGUAGUACUUUGUUAAAUAAAAAUGCUUCACUAUUCAACUUUAGAUGAGUUUCUGAGUUAAACUUUGGUUCCAAGUCCGAGUAUCAAAAAAUGGACACAGAAGUUGCAUUGUAAUUGUGAUUGAAAUACAUUAGGAACAAGGAUCGAAAAAUGUGAACACUCUGAGACUUCUCUACAUAUCAGUGAUAUCUGUCUUUAGCACUAUAUCAGAUGCAAGAGCCGUUGCACACCUGGAAAAGGUUCCUCAUUAGUACCACUAUCAAACUAAUGAUGUGUGGUUUCAAUAUAAACACUAAAAUACUAUCACUGAUUUCACCACCCAAGUGUUCACUGACAACUUAAUGUUCCGUAGUAUUGAUUGUACUGAUAUCGGUGUUCAGUGAAAUGCUGAUACACCGAUGCAGACUUUCACUCACUAUAAUUUAUAUACAGAAUACUAUGACAUCUUUCGGAGUAAAAAUACAGAUGAAUUGAAAUUUUUUAUUGAAUAAACUUUGUGAAACCUCCGAUUUCUUUAGACGAAUCUGACAAAAUCAUGCAUUCAAGAUAGGAAUUUACAAGUUUGAAUAUAUAACUUUGAUUUGUACUCAAACAUGUGCUCCAGAUUUUCACUGCAAGUUGAAAACGAAGGUCACAAGUUAGCUUAAGAUUCUAUUAUUUUUAGAGUGAUCAAGAGCUUUGUGUCUCUCUUGAACAGUUCGACAAAAAGAACAGUUACCCACAAUGUGUCAAAAUAAUGAAAAAAAAGAUGAAUAUUUAAAAGGAAACCUUGAAAUUGAAAACUGUAUUUAUGAAUUAGAAAUAGAACUAGCGGUGAAGUUCUUCUUUGAAGUUGACUUUAUUAUUCAAAAUUAUAGAUAGUUCCAAUUUGUAGUACUUUUAGAGAGAAUCUAUACACUCCCUGUAAUAUUCCUCGUUGAGGAUUAUGAAUAAAAGCACCAAACGGUGUAUAUUUUGGAAGAAUUGGUGUACCAGUAUUCCACUAAAUAUCAACACCAACGUAAGCAGUACUAUUGAACGUUCUUGCGACAGUGGACUUCGGUAUUUCAGUGAAUUUCAGUGUCAGUUUACUAUCAGUUUCAGUGACAUCGGUACAAUGUACUCAGUAUGUCCAUAGUCAGUUUGCCGAUAAAAUCGGUAAUCAGUACACUAAAAUUGCAUUGGCUUGAUCAAGCAUUUGUAAUCUAUUUGAUUGGUGUUUACAGAUCCGAACUGUUGUCAAGAAGUAGUGAUUGGUCAAAACAACUCAAAUCUGAUAUAGAUCAAUUAAAGGAUGACCUUACUCGAAAUCAAAUUGCAACUAGAGAGAAACUGUCGUCAGUGGAGUCGAAUAUUACUAGUCUACAGAAGCGUGUUGAACUGAUCGAUAGCCGUUUUGAAAAGGUGAGUGUGAACAUUUGUUAGAUCAGAGUAUAUCAGUUUUUCCCUGCCUUUAGAUAAACGAUUCGUUAAACUGGAUGAUGAAGGCGAUGGCGCGUGUUAAAAUGGCCACAGAGGAUCCUCCACUCAUUGAGCACAAGCAAAGUAAGCUCGAUGAAUACUCAUAAGCAAGAAGGGAACAGACGAAUUAGGACGAACGGAUUCAUUUUGGAUUCUUAGGAGGAUGGGGUACAAAUGAAAUUAGUAGAAUGAAUUAAUGUAUCGCAAAGUCAGUUGCUUCACGUCAGAUUGCACAAUUUUAGUCUUAAUCAUAUUGAUGACAUUCAUUAUACUUAAAAAUUUUAUACGAUUCAUUUGACUUAAUAAAUUCAUGAAACCAGUCGAUUUCCCCCAUUUUUUGAGAAAAAAAGCUGGCAGCUAUAGACAACGAGGAAAACUAAUAACUAAAUGAAAUUCAACCAACUUACUUUGAGUUCACAGGAAUCGUAAUAUUCACGGAUGCAGUUGUUUCUCCUUGCUUUUUAUCUUCAUGUUGUUAUUCAUUACAAUUAUCAGGAGCAACUAUGUCCAAUCGAGAGCAGCAAGUGUCAUCUGAGGAUGCUCAGUACGAUCGACGAUCGAAUAAACUGAUUACUUCUGUUGAACGACCGCAACCAAAGCAAGAUACAUCAACAAAAAAGUACACAAGUGCCAACAUGUCACAUGGAUCAAACACUAAGAACGACUCUUGAACUUUUUGCUAAUCGUUCCAUAUUGAUUUGACGACCAUUCAUCGUAUAUGUAAACUCACAUUGAAUACGUUUAAUAUAGAAUUGAACCAUCCCAGUUUGUGGACCUCAUUAAGUUGAAGUAAAUGCUUGUGCUUAAAAAAAAACAAUUUCAUAAUAAAGGUGGAUGCGGGUACAGGUGAUGGCAAGAUCCACAACCACACUCUUGGUCAGGGUGUGGGUGUGGGUGUGGGUGUGGGUGUGGGUGUGGGUGGGUGUCUCUUCUCUUAAUUUAAACUCACACCCACACCCCCACCCACACACCCACACCCACACCCACACCGACCCACACCCACACCCACACCCAUACCCACAUCCACCUACACCCGCACCCGCAUCCACACCCACAUCCACACCCACACCCGGACCUCAUGUUGAAAACAUCAAAGAUAUUUGAUAUACGUAAGAAUGCAUGUACUGUUCGAAUACCUUGAAUCUUAAGCAAAGCUGCCUCCUCUGGGCCAGCAAGUUGACUUAUAAGAUUGUAAAAAACAUCAUCCUGAUAGGUGAACACGUCAGAAGGUACUACUUUGGUAUCCACAAAUAAUGUUCGAAAAGCCAUGAAUGUAGAAAUUAUAUGAAUAUAAAAUAAAAAAUAUGAUGCGUAAAUAAAUGGAAUAACAACGAGUAUAUAUGCAUGAAAUGAAAAAGUUGAAACUAAUUAGUGCAUAGCAUUCACGAGUUAUAUAUGCAUUUUUUUUCUUCUGUUUUGUAUGUGUAUAUCCGUCGAAAAAGAAUAUGAAGAUAUUAUUUUACACAAUACGUCGUCGAGAUUGAAUAAAAAUUUAUUAUUUUUUUUCUUCUUUAUUAAUGUUACUUAAGACAUGAUUUACAUGACUUUUUUGACUUUUUUUGACUUUCUUGACUUUUUUAAACUUUCUUGCAAGGGGGAAAACACGUACUCCCGUACUCCCAUACUCCCAUACUCCCACCGUACUCCCGUACUCCCGUACUCCCAUCAUACUCCCAUUGUGCUUCCGGAGUCCAGGGAGUACAAUGAGAGUACGGGAGUCCAACAUAGGGAUGAGAGUUUAACUUUAACUUUAACUUUAACGUCAAAGCAAGGAAGAAAUCACGUACUCCCGUACUCCGUGUACUCUACUGUACUCCCGUAGUCCCAUUGUACUCCCUGGACACCGGGAGUACACCGGAGUACAAGGAGUCUGUGAGAUACAAUUCUUAUGUAGGAGGCCGUAUCAUAGACACCUUCGUCAACCACUUUAAAUAUUCCUAUUUCUUCUUGAAUGGGAUACUCAUAAGACCUCAUGGCCUAUGCUUUGGGGGCACCCAUAAGUCCCCGUGGCCUAUCCUAUGGGGUACCCAUAAGUUCUCAUGGCCUAUCUUUUGUGGGUACCAUAAGUCUUCAUGGCCUAUCAUAUGAAGGUACUCAUAAGUCACCAAGGACUAUUGAUGUUUGGUAUUGUUAAAUUUUCAAGCACUGUCUUGCGAUAGUUCCUGUUACUCUUCAAGCAUUAUUUCGUGGAGCGAUGUCGGAUACCGCUAACUGUUCAAGAGAUAUCUAGCGUUAAUCGUCAUAGAUUUUCAAGGGCUUCUAGGUAGGAACACAAACUGUGAUAAGAACGCCACUCGUAUAGUAGCAGACAAAAUUUUAGGGCACCCUUAAUCUUGUUCAAAAUGAUUUGUUCGACAUAUCCUAAUGAUGAUUUGAGUAG